GUCAUUUGCGCUAUCGCGAACAGCAAUAAAUAUGUGUCAUACGUGGCUCCACCCGCGGGAGCUUCCAUGGCGGCGUCUAACAGACCCCCAGCUUUUCCCCCUGAUUGGUUCGUGUGUUUAGACGCGAAGGAUGAGAAGGUUCAGAGCGGCUGCUCACAUGGGUAAAGGACGUAUGCUGUAACCAUGCAGUUACCGCUGGAACAAUGGCAAAUAAUCAACUGAGUUCCUUGUAUGAAUCCAGUUUCACAGCAGAGUGGAAUUGUUUAAGGAAGUACUAAAGCUCCUGGACGACACUAUGCUGUUUAUACACUGAACGCGUCUCGCCUCCUCUUCCUCCUCCUCCUCUUCCUCCUCUUUCCAGAUAGCGGUCGCGUCGUCUUGGUACGAGUUAUUGCAGUCGUUUGGAAAGAUCAAAAUGUAAGGAAAAACUUCGAUUCAUGUCGUCAGGCAAAGUAGGAGCUUCGCGAUCGUACCGAGGACCGUUAUAUACAGACAAACGCGUUGACUUAAACACAGAGGUCCUCAGCUUGCAGCUCUCUGAUCAGGAUCCCGGAAUGGUGGCUCGGAGCACAGAUAAUCUGGACAGUUCUGGGGAGGCCGCCACCCGCUCCAUUGGCACCACUGCCAACUUGAAGGGGAAGAUGAGCAAAAGGCUGUCUGUCGUCAAAGGCCACUUCCCAAAGCUCACUGACUGUGCCCACUUUCACUAUGACAACGUCGCCUUUGGUUCGAUUGAGCUUCAGUUUGCUAGCGAACAAAGUGAUGCUAACUGGAGCUCAGCCAAUGCUAAAGACCUUGUCUUCCUCGUGCAGGUCUCCUGUCAGGGUAAGACAUGGACGGUGCGCCGGACGUACGAGGAGUUUCGCAACCUGGACGCUCACCUGCACCAGUGCAUCUAUGAUCGGCGCUACUCUCAGCUCCUGCCCCUGCCGUCACUCACUGAGAUCGGGGAGAGAGUGGAGCUCUUCACCCCCAUGCUCUCCGAGUACCUGAACCGUCUCACCGUGAUCGUGGACAGUAAGCUGAACUGCGGGCCUGUGCUCACCUGGAUGGAGAUUGACAAUCAUGGCAAUCGUUUUCUGCUAAAGGAAGAGGCGUCUUUAAAUGUCCCAGCAAUCGCAGCAGCCCACGUCGUCAAGCGCUACACAGCCCAAGCCAGUGACGAGAUUUCUAUUGAGGUUGGUGAUAUUUUGUCUGUGAUUGAUAUGCCAACCAAAGAGGAGACCACCUGGUGGAGAGGAAAACAUGGCUUUCAGGUUGGCUUUUUUCCCAGCGAGUGUGUCGAGCUGAUCAAUGAGAAAAUGCCCCAGUCUGUCAGCACUCCCGCUGCCAAGAUGGAGUGCGAUGGAGGCAGCUCUAGACCUGGAGUCGCCAGUGCGCCUGGUCCGUCUUCUCCCACAUCAGUUUCCAAGAAGCACGGCAAGCUGAUGGGUUUCCUUCGAGCCUUCAUGAAAUCCAGACCCAGCAAGCAGAAGCUGAAGCAGAGGGGCAUCCUGAAGGAGCGGGUCUUCGGCUGUGACCUAGGAGAACACCUUCUCAACUCCGAACACGAUGUUCCGCAGGUCCUAAAAAGCUGCUCGGAGUUUAUUGAGAAGCAUGGCAUAGUAGAUGGCAUCUACAGGCAUUCUGGGAUUUCAUCUAACAUCCAGAAACUGAGGCAUGAAUUUGACAGUGAGAAUGUUCCAGACCUGACGAAAGAUGUGUACAUGCAGGACAUUCACUGUGUAGGCUCCCUCUGCAAGCUCUACUUCAGAGAACUGCCCAAUCCGCUUCUCACCUACCAGCUCUAUGACAAGUUUGCUGAUUGCAUGGGGGAGAUGACAGAGGAUGAGCGCAUGGUGAAAGUGCACGAUGUCAUCCAGCAGCUUCCUCCACCUCACUACAGGACAUUAGAGUACCUCAUUAAGCACCUGGCCCGUCUAGCCACCUUCAGUGAAGAGACCAACAUGCACAUUAAGAACCUGGCCAUCGUCUGGGCUCCAAACCUGCUCAGAUCGAAGGAGAUCGAAGCAGCAGGGCUCAACGGUGCUGACCCAUUUAAAGAGGUGCGCAUCCAGUCAGUGGUGGUGGAGUUCUUACUCACCAAUGUAGAGUUGCUCUUCAGUGAUUCGUUUACAUCAGUGGGACGGUUUUCCGCAGCUCGACAGUCUCUGACCAGGCCUAAGUCAUUUGUAUCCACCAGGCUGCUAUCUCUGGAGGAGGCCCAGGCUCGUUCCCAGGCUCCUCUGCUCCUACAAGGAUCUUCUCACCCCCUACAGGAUCGCUUCCACACUGUGCUGGACCUCCCUACUCACAGAAGGAAAAGAGGACCAAAGGUACGGAAGGCAGCUGGAGGGAGCUGGAAGACGUUUUUUGCUAUUGGAAAGCCUGCAGGAUCAGGCCGCCGUAAGCCCAUCCGGAUCACCUCGCUUUUCCAGCCCUCCACCUCUCACGCAGGUUGCAGAGUGGACAGUGUGACUCUGCGGUCAGCUAAGAGCGAGGAGUCCCUUUCUUCGCAACACAGUGGAGCAGGUCCGGGGAAGCUGCAGCGUUUACGAAGACCUCGCUCCAGUAGCGAUGGUCUUUCUCUGGCUGCCUCCAUGGACCCUCAGCUUUUGUCUCAUCCAGUUCCUUCGAAAAUCCCACCCAGUCGCUCAUACGACAGCUUGCUGCCUGACGAGGCCCGAGAAGUUAAUGAUGAGGAAGAUGAGGAAGAUGAUGAGGAAGGAGUCUACAUGCUGCCUGAUUUCUCACAGGACCCUGCCACAUCCUGGAUGGCUGAGGACAUGGUUGACUUUAGCCCCACCUUUCCAGAUGAGGGGCCGAUAGGGACCGUUGCCCCUGGUGAUAGGGAAUCUCCAUCUGUGGCCACUCCUCCUCCCUACCGUUGUCUGAGUCGCCAAGCACAUGCCCGUUCUGGAAGUCAGCGUUCAAUCACAGAAGACCCAGACUCUGUGCUCAACCAGUCAGAAGCAGCAGCACGUAGGAGUCUGAUUUUGGCCGCAGCUGCCCCAACCCAGCAGGUGUUCUGUCAGCAUAGACCUCCUGCUCUUAAUACCCCUGCCUCCAGCACCACACAAUCUGGAGAUCCCAACCUUAGUCCUUCCCAAAGCCAGCCUACUGCCCCACCAGCGUCUGUACCCUCCACUCAACCGCCACAGGAACGGCGCUCAUUUACAAAAAAGGUUGUGCAUGCCCUUUCACCGAAAGCACCAAAGUCACCUCCACUGGACAUAUCUGACCCCAUUGCUAUCAGUGUGCCUGCCAAGGUGCUGGAAAUGAUUGGGGGGCGAGCUGGCGAAUUGCAGUCUGGGAACCUAGGCGGUGGGCCCUCCCAGCCACCCCAAAUGAUAUCUAUGCUGCUAAAGUCUUGUGACUUCCAGCUUACAGAGAGCUGCCAACAGGAACUAAGCAGCAAGUUUGGCCAUGAGGUUAAGAUCAGAGGCUCCAGUAUUAUUGGUCCUACUGGUGCUCCCCUGCCCUCCCAAAAGCCUCCCCCUCCCCCUCCUAAAAAUCCAGCACGCCUUAUGGCGCUAGCACUGACUGAAAGUGCCAACAAAGCACUUCGGCAAGGUGCCUCUCCUCCCUAUCGUCCCCGUCAGGCCGGGAGUCCCCCAGAUGCUGACACCCGUUUCCAAAGGUCCCUGUCUGCUGAUGCAGGGGCUAUUCUCUCCUCUGAUUCAGACCAGCUGUACUCUACUGUGCGUCCCCUGUCUGUGUGGAUGUCUGAGGGAGGUGGUGAAGUUAGCGCUCCUGAAAAGACUACAGAAUUGGCACAGGAGGAGGAGCCAAGAUCACCUCCAGGCCAGGACAUAGGUACGCUCUCCUCUGAUGCCUCAGUUUCUGACUCUGGAACAUCUAACAGUGAGCUGUCUGCUAGUAGUUCCUCUGGGGACAAUGAGAAAACUCCAAGCCCCAUAUACAACCAGAAGCCACAGCUUCCUGCACCUCCAAAUCAGACUCCUAAAUCCAGCCCACCUCCUGCUAGUGAGGUAACUUCACAGAGGAAACCCCCAGCAUAUGGCCGGCAGUUCUCUGCUCCGCACCUCCAGCAACAGAUGCCAGGCUCUGAGUCCAAAUCCCUCAACCAGGCUCAUUCCCAGCUACUACAUUCCAGGUCAGAGAGCUCCCCUUUGGCCCACUUACAUGCCUUCCAGCCCACACGCCCCAAAGUGCCCCCUAGGCCACUGGAUUCUGCCCCACCAAGGCCCCCAAUCCCCAAGGCUGAUCGACAUGACUUCAUGCGUCGCUCCCUGGAUGCUGGUCGCAUCCGACGCAUGGUGGGGCCAGCUCAAGGCAACCCACCCCUUUCAAGAGCUUUUUCUGAGCGCAUUAGCAACACAUCCGAUGCACUGUCUCGCUUCCAUGCAGCCAGAUUGGCUAACCAGGCGGCACAGGUUGUGACAGCUGCUCACCCUCUCGUGCAGCAACAGCUGGCACAGACAUCUCAUAUCCGACCGGCAUUUUCAUCUUCCGAAGAUUCCUCCAACAUGGAAAAUUUAUACUAUGAGAUUAGUGGACCUGAUCAUCCACCUAGUUACUCCCAGCAUAGUUACCAGAACAUGAGGUUAGAUGUGGAUGGAAACUACAGGCUUUCAGAGGCAGCCAAUCAAAGGCCCCAAUCUAGGGGUCAUCACCCACCCCCCUACUCACAUGUGCAAGGAUCUACCUGUGCUUCUCAGCUUUGGUCCUCUGAAACUACACGUGCAUGGACUGCAGCUCACUCACACUCCUCCUCCUUCUCUCAUUCUCAUUCUCAACGUCAUUCUCACAACCCCCCAGGUCCUCGUGGUCACCCUCGGUUGCAGCGUCAGACCUCCUCCUCAGUCAGGCUGACCCGCAGCGAGCUGCACCCCAUCCCUGCUGCGUCUUGCUUGGGCUCAUCUGGGGGAAUGGUGCCUCUGUCUGUGCACCAACGUAACCUGCAUUGUUCCAUGCGCUCACCCUCCUCCAAUCUUAGUGCCUCCCAGCUACAUCCAUACUUUGAAAAUGGGAAGGUGUGCUAUCGCUAUUUUGAGACUUCUGGGCAAGAGGAGGAACCACUGAGCCACCUUCAGCCAUCCAUGCCAAAAUUGCAAGCCCAUUCAUCCCAAACCUCCCAGAUACAAGCAUUUCACCAACCAUCCAAAGAUGAACCCAUUUAUGUGAACUACCCUUUCACCAGCCCUUCAGGGGCUGGAACGAACGCUAAGACUUGGGCCACCACAGACUUGGACGGAGAUGCCCACCAACAGUGUGAACCUGUCACACACCCUCCUGAGCCAUCUAUAGAGGAUGAGCAGCAGUCCACACACAAAUCUCUAGAUCAAGAGUGCACUAGUUUUGAAAGUCCUUCUCAAAACGAUGGUGCAUCAGAUUCCAAGGCACUGGAGAUGCAUACAGCCUCUGAUACAACGCACUUUUGCAGCCACUCUGACCUGCAAAGCUCAAGCUCGGAGCCAAAUCAGGCAAUGACUGGGAAGGACAUUGCUUCGCUUCUGAUUGAGAAGCUUGCAGAGGACGAAAGAGAAGGUCAAAAUGUUGCCGCUUCAUCCUCAGCAUCUUCCUCUCCCCAUGUUGAGUACCCCCCUAACCCGUACCCCAGCCAACAUCAUAAGCGCCCACCACCUGCUUACAACCCAGGAUCUUCUCGGGGUCAUUUUGAGAGCCAGGGUCUGCCACGAGAAGGCUCUGGGGCUUUUCAACGGCAAGAUCCCAUGCGUCGUUCUUCCAGUGGCCAGUAUAGACAAGCCUUUGAUGUUAUGCCAUCUGGCGACCAAGUUCUUAAGUUUUACAGAAGCCAAGACUUUAUCCCAACUCCCCAGGGAGAAAGCACAACACCAAACCCAUACCCAACAAGACCUCACUGUCAGGAUCCCACCAGUCAUAUUGUUCAUUCUCACCCAGACACACCCCAUUCCUCUACUCCUCCUUUGGUGGCCUUUUCAAACUUGUCUCUAAGCACACCAAGAGGAUAUGGGUCUCAAAUGGAAGUUAAUCCAUAUAACCAGUACCCGUACCAGGCAGGCCAAGUUCUCCCCCCCUAUCCCAAUGCUCCCAGGAGGGAUGUGAUCCUUGAUCCUCCUCUUCGACCUCCGGGACUUCGGAACCAGAGAGACUUGAACCGCCAGGGCAGUCUGUCUGGUCCCAACUGGUCCAUUCACACAGAGGGCCAGACUCGCAGUUACUGUUAAAGCACAUACCAAUGGCAAGGGUAAACUUUAUUUGGACUGGAAGUGAAGUCCUUUGGGAGGAAUAACCCCAUGCUGUGCUGGACUUUAAAAGUAAAGAAAAGAGAAGUAGACAGAGAGGGUAGGGCAUGAUGGUUAGGAAAAAUCAAAGAAGUGAACCAUAUAGUGACUUAGAUAUGUAAACAUUCCAGUAGACACUGUGUUGUCCAGCAGAGGGCAUCAGAGAGUUGUAUGGCUGCUGUCCCACUGAAGGGAGUAUCAGGUAUUCUGCAUGGUGGUAUAUUUCUGCUUUAGGUACAUUCUGGGUUUAAGUUUAUUGCCAGAACACUAGGUGACAGGACAGAGUGGUGUACAGGGAAAUAAGCUUGGUAUUUCUUAUUUUUAAUGCUAAAAUAAUUUGAUUUUAACUUUAUGCUGCUGGCUGGUUCUAAAGAAGCACAUUUUGUUUUAUUUUGCCUCAGUAUUUUUCUGUUUGUAGCAGUCUGACAUUUUCAUUUUUAGUGCUUUUUAACUUUAAUUUAACUUCAUUACAAAGAGCAUUGAAGGUUUUUUCUAUUUCAAAGAUCACAAAGAAAUAGGAAUGUUUUUAUAGUUUUAAGUCAUUGCUUUGUGUG